AUGCCACCAAAAGGAAAGAAAGGAAAGGGACAACAAUUUGAUUCUGACGAUGAUAUUGUUGAUAAUAUCCCACAACCAGAGAAGAAAGGAGGUAAACAACCUGCUCAAAAGAAGGGUGGAAAGAAAGGUAGAGGUGAUGAAUCAGAGGAAGAAGACAAUGUUCCUGCUAUUCCACAGCCAGCCAAGAAAGGGGGAAACAAGAAUGACAACAAGAAGAAGAGUGGAAACAAGAAUCAAGCUGCAGAUGAUGAUGAAGUAGAAGACGACAUCCCACAACCAGCCAAGAAAGGGGGAAACAAGAAUGACAAUAAGAAGGGUGGAAAGCAACAAGUCGAAGAAGAUGACGAAGAGGACAUUCCACAACCAGCCAAGAAGGGUGGAAAGAACGAUAAGAAGAAGGGUGUAAAACAACAACAAGAGGAAGAGGAAGCAGAAGAGGACAUCCCACAACCAGCCAAGAAAGGUGGAAAGAACGAUAAAAAGAAGGGUGGAAAACAACAACAACAAGCAGAGGAAGAUGAGGAAGAAGAAGAGGACAUCCCACAACCAGCAAAGAAAGGAAAGGAUAAGAAGAAGUCUGCUAAAAAACAAGUAGAAGAGGAAGAAGAAGCGGAGGAGGAAGACAUCCCACAACCAGCAAAGAAAGGUGGAAAGAAAGAUAAAAAGAAGGGUGGAAAGCAACAAGUAGAGGAAGAAGAAGAAGAAGAGGAGGAAGAGGAAGACAUCCCACAACCAGCAAAGAAAGGAAAGGAUAAGAAGAAGUCUGCUAAAAAACAAGUAGAAGAGGAAGAGGAAGAAGAAGAGGAAGACAUCCCACAGCCAGCAAAGAAGGGUGGUAAGAACGAUAAGAAGAAAGCUGGAAAGAAACAACAAGUAGAAGAAGAGGAAGAGGAAGAAGAGGAAGAAGAUAUACCACAACCAGCAAAGAAAGGAAAGGAUAAGAAGAAGAGUGGAAAGAGCAAGCAACAAGUAGAAGAAGAAGAGGAAGAGGAGGAAGAGGAAGACAUCCCACAACCAGCCAAGAAAGGUGGAAAGAGAGAUAAGAAGAAAGGUGGUAACAAACAUCAAGAAGAAGAAGAAGAGGAAGAGGAAGAGGAUAUCCCACAACCAGCAAAGAAAGGAAAAGACAAGAAGAAGAGUGGAAAGAGCAAACAGCAAGAUGAUGAGGAAGAAGAGGAAAUCUCAUCAAAGAUGUCCGAUCUCUCUGUUAAAGGAAAGAAGGGAUCAUCAAAGUCCAAGAACAAAGGAAAACAUCAAGAGGAGGAGGAAGAAGAAGAAGAAGUAGAAGAAGAACAACAAGAAGAAGAAGAAGAACAACCAAAACAAAUGACUCUUGCAGAAGCCAAAGCAGCAAAGCUCGCCAAGAAACAAGCUAAGCUCGAAGCAAAGAAGGAGAAGGCCAAGAAGAAGAGAGAAGCCGACGAAGGUGACGCCUUUGAAGAGAUGAAGAAGAACAAAGUAGUAGAGAUUGACUAUGAUAAUGUUGAUAUCGAUGAUGUUCCAGGUCGUGAUCCACCAGCCUACGUUCAUUUGAAGUCUGGUGCCAGUGCCCGUUCCAAGGUCGGUAACGAUAUCAAAUUCGACAACCUCACACUCUCUGUACCAGGAAAGAUCCUCCUCCAGAAUGCAAGCCUGACACUUGCCUACGGACACAAGUAUGGUUUCGUCGGUCGUAACGGUAUCGGUAAAUCUGCACUCGUCAAGAAGAUUGCUGCACGUGACGAAAUUAACAUUGCUCCACAUCUUCGUGUACUCUAUGUCGAACAAGAGGUCACCGGUGAUGACAACACUCCAUUGGUUUGUGUCAUGAAGGCUGACACUGAAAGAGAUUGGUUACUCCAAGAAGAGAAAGUACUCCAGAAGUUAGAUCUCGAACAACCAGACUGGCCAUACAAUCCAAGAGAAAAGAGAAACUACACGCUUCGUGAUAUCUAUGACCGUCUCAAAGAAAUCGAUGCUGAUAAAGCUAUCACAAGAGCAUCAGCUAUUUUGGUUGGUCUUGGUUUCACAAUGGAAGAGAUUUCAACUAAACCAUCGAAAGAUUACUCUGGUGGUUGGAGAAUGAGAAUUGCAUUGGCUAGAGCAUUGUUCUGUAAGCCUGAAGUGUUAUUACUCGAUGAGCCAUCGAAUCAUUUGGAUUUGCAUGCUUGUGUUUGGCUGGAAAAGUAUUUAUAUGCAUGGGACAAGACAUUGUUGGUAGUUUCUCACGAAGCUACCUUCUUGAAUGAGGUUGUCAACAAUAUCAUCCAUAUUCACGACCAACGUUUGGAUCAAUAUCGUGGUAACUACGAUGAUUUCGUCAAGCAACGUGACAUGUCAUUGCGUGCCAUCGACAAGCAGAUCGACAAACAACAGAGAAACCUCAAGAAGCAAAAAGAAUUUAUCAGUAAGAACAAGAACAACACCAACGCCAAGCAAGCUUCUCAACGUCAAAAGAAGAUCGACAAGGUCGAGAUCAUCCAGGCAGAGAAGGAGGACAAAUCAUUGGUUGUCAGCUUCCCAGAGCCAGAGCAUCUCACACCACCAUUGUUGCGUUUCCACAAUGUAUCGUUCGGUUACCCAGGUCGUCCAACUAUGUUCAAGGAACUGGACAUCGGUAUCGAUAUGGAUCGUAAGAUUGCAUUGGUCGGUAUGAAUGGUGUCGGUAAGUCCACUCUGAUCAAGUUGUUAGCAGGUGAAUUGGAAGCAUCCGAAGGUUAUGUUGAACGUUCCAGAAAGUGCAGAGUCGCCCGUUUCUCACAACAUUUCGUCGACCAACUCAACACUGAUCAAACACCGAUCGAGUACUUCCAAGAGAAGUUUAACAAUCCACCCAUCCAAGAGAUUCGUAACCAUCUCGGUCGUUUCGGUAUCACCAGCAAUUUGCCACUCCACAAGAUCACAACAUUGUCCGGAGGUCAAAAGUCUCGUGUCAUUCUCGCCGAGAUUGCAUGGUCACAUCCACACAUCCUCUUACUCGAUGAGCCAACCAAUCAUUUGGAUAUCGAUGCUAUCGAGGCUUUGGCCGAAGGUAUCAACGAAUUCGAAGGUGGUGUCGUACUGAUCUCUCACAACCAACAUCUCAUUACUCUCGUCGCUAAUGAGAUUUGGGUCGUCAAGAAGGAUGGUACUGUCAAUCUCUAUGACGGUGAUUUCUUACAAUACAAAGAAGAGAUUUCAAGAGAACUUGAUGCAAUGGUUAUUCGUAGUUAA